AAACCCACGUGCUUCCUUUCCAUGGGUCCCCCCUCCCUCCUCCACCAUCAUGCUACUUUUAGUGGCCUGGAAUGGGAGUAAGUGAUCAAACAGGAAAGACAGUGGGAAACAUGUCUCAAAGGUAGGAGAGUGUUUUCCUUUUGUCCAACUCUGCAGGAGGCUUCCAGAUCCUUAAUCAGCAGGGAUGGAUAGAAGAAGUUGGUCUCUAGGAUUUUGACAGAGCAUGUGAUAUUCAGUAAUGUAUUCAAUAUUGGUUAGAUUGACACUGACCAAUGUGAAGUUUUUGGGAUGGAAGAAACAGCAGGUUCUGUGAAUCCCACUUCAGUGCUCCCUGUCAAAUGUUCAGAAGUAUUCUAUUUAUGCUGUAGAGCCUGAAUGAACUGCCACUUCUCCUCCCCUUAAAACAUUUUCUGUUGAGCAGGAGAGAUAUACAUGCACUCUGCCUGGAGAAAAAAGUCAUGGAUCUUUCAGCUCCGCAGAGGAAAAAAGUGGCCAUUAUUGGAGGAGGUUUGGUGGGUUCUUUAAAUGCUUGCUUCUUUGCAAGAAGGGGCUUUAUAGUGGAAAUGUAUGAAACCAGACCAGAUAUCCGUGGUUCCGAUGCAGCUCGUGGCAGGAGCAUUAAUUUGGCCUUGUCUCACAGGGGACGGCAAGCUCUCAAGGCUGUUGGGCUGGAAAACCAGAUUGUGUCUAAAGGCAUACCUAUGAGAGCAAGGAGAAUCCACACGCUCUCAGGCAAACAAUAUUCAAUUCCAUAUGGGACAAAGAGCCAGUACAUUCUCUCUGUAGAUAGAGCAAAUUUAAACAAAGAUCUGCUAACUGCUGCUGAGAAAUAUCCCAAUACUAAAUUAUACUUUGGACACAAACUGCUUCACUGCAAUGUGGAACUGGGAACACUGACCUUUUCAGGAUCCGACAAGAUGUCAAAAGAAGUCACUUGUGACCUCAUUGUAGGCUGUGAUGGAGCCUUUUCUACAGUUCGGAAGCAGUUCAUGAGACAAGCACGUUUUGACUACAGCCAAGUAUAUAUUCCUCAUGGAUACAUGGAACUGAAAAUACCCCCAAGGGAUGGAGAUUUUGCUAUGGAACCAAAUUAUCUCCACAUCUGGCCCAGGAAUACAUUCAUGAUGAUUGCGCUGCCAAACCUGGAUAAGUCAUUCACAUGCACUCUCUUCAUGCCUUUUGACGAUUUUGAAAAGCUCACAACAGGAGACCAAGUGCUGGAUUUCUUCAAAAUGUACUUUCCGGACACAAUUCCUCUGAUAGGAAAGCAAGAACUGAUGCGAGAUUACUUUUUGUUACCAGCCCAGGCCAUGGUCUCUGUGAAGUGCUCCUCGUUCCACCGUGGCUCUCGCUGUGUGCUGAUGGGAGAUGCGGCCCAUGCGGUUGUGCCCUUCUACGGACAAGGCAUGAACGCUGGAUUUGAAGACUGUCUGGUUUUUGAUGAGUUAAUGAACCAGUUCCAAAAUGAUAUAUGUAUUUGUCUCCCAGAGUUCUCAAAGCUGAGAGUACCUGAUGAUCAUGCAAUUUCAGAUUUAGCUAUGUAUAAUUAUAUAGAGAUGCGGGAGCAUGUCAAUUCAAAGUGGUUCAUUUUCCGAAAGCACAUUGACAACAUUCUUCACGCCCUCUUCCCCUCCACUAUCAUCCCUCUGUACACCAUGGUCACAUUCUCCAGAAUUCGAUACCAUGAAGCUGUGCAAAGAUGGAAAUGGCAGAAUAAGGUAAUUAAUAGAGGCCUCUUUCUCACUGUGGCUGUGACAGCAGUAAGUGGCACCUAUCUGCUCAGAAAUGGUAUUAAGCUACAAAUUGACGCAUGUGCAGAGAACCUGUGGAAAUGGACACUCAGCCUCAGAAAAUUUGGAAAUGUAUCACUGGUUACCCAAUAGUGUUAAAAGCAAGAGAGAGAAAGAGAUGUAUUCAGUGUUUUACUUUCACCUCUGCUUGGAAAGUCAGAACGUCAAAGUAUUCCCAAAGGACUAAUUGUGCUACAUGGUGCUGGAUCCAAGUGUUAGAAUGACAUCCACAUGGAACCCAACAAGACACUUGCCAUAGACUUGAGUGCCCUGCUGUCAUCUUCCUAAAGAAAUGGUAUGUAUCCCUCAAGAGCCUGAGGGCCUGUAAGCUGUUCUUCCAUACUUCCCCAAAUGCCAACAUCAACUUUUACACACAAGAGGACAUGUAUAAAUUAACUGCAUUUUGUGAGUUUUAGAAAAGUUCACUGAACUUGCAAUAGAUCUGUAUCCAAUUUUUAAAAGAGUCAACCAGUUUUCCAGUUUCUUAAGUGAACUAUUGAACCACAAUGUCGACGAGAAACAGAAUUAGCAAUAAACCUGGCAUAUAAAAUUCA